GACUGGAGCACAGAUUGGCGGUCUGACACGUGUAAAGCAGAGACCACCUGGCACUCUUUUUCACCUUCUCACAACUUCAAUAACACCAAACUCUUGCCAAUACCAUAAUCCCAGAACCAAUCUUCUCUUCUCCUCCUCCUAAUAUUCUUUUGAUUUUUUUGUUGGGAGUUUGAAGGUUUUGGACAAGGGUUAUGGAAGACUCGAUGGGUUCAUCUGGGCCGGCUGCAAGAAUAUCUGUUGAGCAAGAGGAGACUUCUACUCUCAUGGCAACAGAAUCCGAGCCCAUAGAGUGGACAGACGAGAAACACUGCUUGUUUCUCAAAUCCAUGGAAUCUACAUUCGUCAAUCAGUUGUACAAAUCAAUAGAUUUGUUUGGUUGGCACUCCCAUAAAAACUGCCCAUCUGGAUUAAAACCAUCGAAGCACAAGCUGACCAGCAUUCGUGCUUCUUCUGGUCAGUUCAAGGUUCUUCGUGAUGGUUGUUGGUCUAAAAUUGACUUCAGAAGAGACGAACCUAAAGUCAACCAAGAAGAGGAGUCUAAAGUCCCACUGAGAAAUUCCUGGAUCCAGCGUUUUGGGACUUCACAGACAGAGGGAAUCAGAAACCGUCCGGCUUCCUGUGUCGAAGCUCCUUCCGCAACUACUGAUACUCAUGCUGCCAAUAACUUUCAUCUAUGGAGGCAAGGCUCCCUAGGUGGCAAUGCAGAGGUGAUGGAUCAGAACUUUAAUGAUGAAGCUCUUGAAGAAGAGAAGUCUGGCAAGAUACAUGACAUGAAGAAGAAGAGAACUAAGGAUAAAAGUUCGGGCAAUGAUCAAGUUGUCCCUUUCGGCAAUAUUGUUCAAGUGAAUGAUGUUGGUGGAGACCCUGUCAAUGUACUGCCUAAAGAUUGACGUCCUGUGUAUCUCAGACAGACGAAGAUCCCUGAUGUAAGCAUGAGAUAUUUGAGGCGUAUUAAUGCAAAAUACUCUGACUUGUGACUUUAUAUCAAAUGUUGAAGAGAGUCGUGGAAACGGUAUAUGGAGGGAAAGAUGCUGGAUAUCACCGCACGCCCUAGAUGGAUUAUUGGUGUGAUCGGCUAUAGAAAUUUCCCGUGAUCAGCCAAGAAGAAAGAACAAGCGGCUCGGUAAACUAGCCAAGAGCCUGCACAUUAGUUUGGUUUCUAUUUAGAAGGAACUUCAUCGCUUUCUGCUGGGCAUAUUGUUUCCAUUCUUAACUGUAACAGAAUGACUUCGGGACUAGAAAUUAGAUGUUUUGUGCAGAUUGAACUACUCAAACAGGAGGAACGGGGAAAUUGCACUUCUAGUCUCAGAUAAUAGGGUGAGUUGCACUUUUGGUCCUAUACUUUACGGACUUAGCAUAUUUAGUCCCAUAUAAUAAAUAUUAUAGCAUUUUUUAUCUCAUAGGAUAAACUUGUAGCACAUUUGGUCCCAUAGUUUACGGGCUUAGCAUAUUUAGUCCUAUAUAAUAAAUAUUGUAGUAUUUUUGGUUUCAUAGGAUAAAAAAAUGGCUAUGGUUGCGCAGGAUAUAAAGUUGUUUAUAUCCUAUGGGAUUAAAUGUCCUACUAUUAUAUUUACUAUGGGACUAAAUGUGCUACAAGUUUAUCCUAUAGAAUCAAAAAUGCUAUAUUAUUGAUUAUAUGGGACAAAACAUGUUAUGCCCGUAAACUAUGGGUAGUUUACAAAAAUACAACGCAUCCUUGAUGCGCGACAAAAAUGCAAUUUUCCCCGAGGAGGAACUAUCUAUAUUUUGAGCUAAUAUCUUUUCGUUUUUCUCUACUUUAGUUUAAUUAAUUUAUAUAUCUGGUCAAUCUAUAUUUGUAGA